CGUACACAUUGUUUUUGGACUUAAUUGUUUUUGGUGUAAUACGUUCCUGAUUUGUUUCUUUGCAUUAAGACAUAUUAUACAAAAACGUGCUAAAGUGCUGACCAAUCAACUGACGAUAUGGACAUAGAUGGAUACUGCUGACCAUAUGGACAAAGCAGGAAGUUCUUAAUAACUACAUACCUGAGUGAUCUAGUUCUGAAACCAAGCCAUGGGGUGUGAAAAAUCCAAACCCAAGAUGGACACAUCAGAGUCGAAGUCCUCUGAUAUUAAAGGAAGGAGCGAGGAAAACGGGGACAAACCACGUGAGAAAAACGACUACACCAACCCCCCAGUUAAUCUACCACAGCCUGGGGAGAACUCUAUUGUUGAGGGAGGCAGUGGCGGAGGGAAACGUGUUUUUGCGCUCUAUGACUAUGAUGCCCGAACACAAGAUGACCUCACAUUCCGCAAAGGCGACGUUCUCGAACUUAUAGAGGGCAUAACUGGAGACAAUGAGGACUGGUGUUACGCGCGACAUACAUAUCCAAAAUGUAGCAAUCUCCAGAAGGAGGGUUACGUGCCACGGAACUAUGUUGCAUUGGAGGAAAGUCUAGAGUCACAUGACUGGUUUUUCGGACAGGUGACACGUAAGGAGGCAGAGAGAAACUUGUUGACGAAGGACAACCCUGUUGGAGCUUUCCUUGUACGGGAGAGAGAGAGUUGUCCGGGAAGCUAUGCGUUGUCCAUUCGAGACUAUGACCAGAACAAGGCCAAUCCGGAUUGCGUCAAACAUUACAAGCUUCGCAACAUGGAUGGAGGCGGAGUGUACAUUGUCAAAAGACGACAGUUCAAGAGUAUGAUGGAACUUGUGGACCACUAUAAAGUGCAAGCGGAUUGUAUAUGUCGGUCAUUGGCAGCACCGUGUUCUCGAGCUGUCCCGGUGAUGGUCGAUUUGAGUCGGGACACUCAGGACGCGUGGGAGAUUGACAGGAACUCGCUCCAGCUGGCACAGAAGCUUGGAGCCGGUCAUUUCGGUGAGGUCUGGAAAGGAAUAUGGAACAACACAACAGAUGUCGCUAUAAAAACUCUAAAGCCAGGCACAAUGAAGAAGGAGGCCUUUCUUGCCGAGGCCCAGAUCAUGAAGCAGUGUCGCCAUGACAAACUUGUGCGUCUGUACGCCGUCUGCUCUAAGGAAGAGCCGAUUUACAUUGUGACUGAGCUCCUCAAUGACAGUCUGCUCAACUACCUGCGGGACGGAGACGGGCAAUACAUAACAUUCCCCGAUAUGGUGCACUACGCAGAACAGAUUGCUGCAGGAAUGUCUUAUCUGGAAAGGAAUAAGCUUAUCCAUAGAGAUUUAGCAGCAAGAAAUGUCCUUGUUGGUGCAAAUUAUAUUUGCAAAGUUGCCGACUUUGGUCUUGCGCGGAUAAUUGAGGAUGACGACUACAAGUCUGCACAUGGAUCUAAGUUCCCGGUCAAGUGGACGGCCCCAGAGGCGGUUAAUUUCUUGCGCUUCACGAUAAAGUCUGACGUGUGGUCAUACGGCAUUCUGCUCAUGGAAAUCACAACACAUGGACAAGUACCAUACCCAGGCAUGAAUAACAAAGAAGUUCUACAGCAGAUCGCCGACGGCUACCGCAUGCCUAAACCGCUGAAAUGCUCCGACGCCAUGUACGAAAUAAUGCUCAAGUGCUGGGAUAAACGUGAGGAAAAUCGACCAACUUUUGAAUUCAUGGAGUGCUUCUUCGAUGACUAUUUUGCCUAUACAGAACUCGAAAUAUAAUAAGAAAUCAGUUGAAUAAUCAGAUAUGUGACUGAUAUUGCUGCAUACAUUUUGAACAGUUAUCAUUAGAUUCAUGAAGCAUGUUACGAUGAAAUCUCAAUUUGGUUCAGUGCGUUAUGUUAUUGCUGCCUAUUUUUAUUAUGUGUUUGGUGCAAAAAUAAUUAACUAUGUCGGGAAUAUUUAAGCCACAGUUAAUAAAUGAAAAUAUUUUUUUUUAUAUUGGCCGAAAGGUAGAAAUAUUAGACGACCGUUCCCGCGACUUAAAUUCUAACAAUGAAUGUUAGCGCCAAAUAAAAGAAAUCAAGCGUAGAGUUACCGAAAAGGGAUUAAAGGUACCAGAGUUAACUCCCUUAUAAUUAGAUUUAACACUAUAUUUGUACUUAUUGUGUUUACAAUAGAUCGAUUUGCCAUGAAAUAAAUAUCAACUCUAUAUUCCAUGUAUUAUUUAGCAAAGAUUGGAAAUAUGUAAAUACAUGUAAAAUGUUAUAAUUUAUUCCCAAUGGAUUCUUUCUCUUUCACAAAGUACCCAUUACAUGCAAGUGUUCAUUUAUAUAUUGUUGCAUUUCCCUGUUAUUGAUGCAUUCCAUGUUUUCAAUUGUACAUAUAGAUAUAAUCUUUUCUUUUUAUAUAUCAUUAACAAAUCCAUGCAAAUCCAUGUACAGUUGUUUUUUCUUGAAAGUAUUUAUUUUAGAAAAUAAA